AUGGCGACCACUGUCGGUAAGUUACCCGAGUUCCAACAAGAGGACGGUAACUUCGAGGUAUACCUGGAGCGGUUCGAAGUAUUUGCCGCGGCCAAUGACAUCGCGGAAGACAAGAAGCUUCCAAUCUUUCUCACGGCUAUAGGUGAGAAGGCCUACGUCACGCUUCGGAGCUUGCUGCUGCCUAAAACACCAGCUAAGACGUCAUUCACGGAAGUUGUUGACGUUCUGAAGAAGCAUUACGCUCCCAAGCGCUCCGUGGUCACCGAAAGGUAUCGUUUUCACCAGCGAAAGCAAGAGCCGCAUGAGACUGUCGCAGACUUUAUAGUCGAAUUGAAGAAACUCGCGGCAACAUGCGAAUUCGGUGCCUUUUUGACCGAAGCAUUGCGUGACCGGCUCGUCGCUGGAAUACGUACCGAGGGAGUACGGUGCAGGCUAUUGGCAAUGCCAGACGAGGAAGUAACGUGGGAACGCGCAUGCAGCGUAGCCAUGGCCAUGGAAGCGGCAACACAAGACACGAAAGAAAUGCUGCAAACCAUUUCUAAAGGAGCAGCUGUAGAAACGGAGGACAUCUACUGGCAACGAAAAAUCUCACAACCGAGUAAAGCACCUUCGAGGGAAGCGCCGACGCAGUCCAGCUGGGACAAGGAAAAUGGGGCAGCAAAAGAACAAACGAAAAGAAUGUGUCAUCGUUGCGGAGGACAGCAUUCACCCAACACUCAAGAACUGAGAUUAUGUGGCGACUAUCGCGUCACAGUAAACCCAGCCAUCAAGGUCGAUCAGUAUCCCUUGCCACUUCCUGAAGACAUAUUCGCAAAUCUUCAGGGUGGAACUGCAUGA